AUGUCUACCGACCCAAAGAUCCAAGACCUGCUUAACAAGCCCAAGAGUGAGCUCACUGAAUAUGAGGUCGCUCUUGUGGAAGAGCACGAGCUGACUGCCGGGCCUUUGUCGCUCCUUCAAACCGCUACACGCACACACACCCAGGUCCUGAUCUCAUGCCGAAACAACCGCAAGCUGCUCGCGCGAGUCAAGGCUUUUGACCGUCAUUGCAACAUGGUGUUGGAGAACGUGAAGGAGAUGUGGACGGAGAAGCCCAAGGGUGGCAAGGGCAAGGGUGUUAACAAGGAUCGCUUCGUCAGCAAGAUGUUCCUUCGCGGCGACUCUGUUAUCCUCGUUUUGCUCAGUUGA